UCUUGAAUCAAAGGGAAGAGAAGCCAAAAUGGCUGAGUCGACAAUGAUGGCAUUUGACGAGCUCUUCUUUAAUGUAGACUCGGGGUAUCUUGAAGGACUUGUUCGUGGCUUUAGAUCUGGCAUUUUAUCACAGAGCGACUACUUGAAUUUGGCUCAGUGCGAGACUCUGGAAGACUUAAAACUACAUCUACAAAGCACAGAUUAUGGAAACUUCUUACAGAAUGAAGCCAGCCCAUUGUCAGUAUCAGUCAUUGAUGACAAGCUGCGAGAAAGACUAGUUGAGGAAUUCAAACAUUUGAGAAACCAAGCAUUAGAGCCUCUUGCAGCAUUCAUGGAUUUUAUCACGUUUAGCUACAUGAUAGACAAUAUCAUCCUUUUGAUCACUGGAACCCUGCAUCAGAGACCAAUACAGGAACUUAUACCCAAGUGCCAUCCACUGGGAAGUUUUGAGGAGAUGGCUUCCAUUAACAUUGCUUCAACCCCUGCUGACCUGUAUAAUGCUGUCAUGAUUGACACUCCUCUAGCUCCCUUCUUUGUUGAAUGCAUAUCUGAACAAGACUUGGAUGAGAUGAAUAUUGAAAUCAUUAGGAAUACGUUAUACAAGGCUUACUUAGAAAGUUUUUACAAGUUUUGUGAAAACCUUGGUGGUACAACAGCUGAUGUUAUGUGUCCUAUUUUGAAGUUUGAGGCUGACAGAAGGGCAUUCAUUAUAACAAUAAACUCAUUUGGAACAGAACUUAGUAAAGAUGAACGUCAAAAGCUGUUUCCACARUGUGGAAAUCUGUAUCCCGAUGGACUGGCAAGGCUUUCCAAAGCUGAUGAGUACGAUCAAGUCAGGGCUGUAGCUGAUUAUUACUCAGAUUAUCGUCAACUGUUUGAUGGAGCAGGGACUGGGCCAGGUGAAAAAACACUGGAGGACAAAUUUUUUGAACAUGAGGUCAAGCUGAACAAGCUGGCUUUUAUGCAACAGUUUCAUUUUGGUGUGUUUUAUGCUUAUGUGAAGCUGAAAGAACAAGAGAGCAGAAACAUWGUAUGGAUUGCAGAAUGUAUUGCUCAAAAGAACAAGUCAAAGAUUGACAACUAUAUCCCAAUWUUCUGAGUCUAUCAGAUGGAAAUGUGAAUUCAACGAAAUAAUACAUAUGGUUAUUGUAAUUCAGGGUUAGCAAUGGAUCUGUUUUGUGCAGCUUGCUUUCAUGUGGCAAUUUGAUCUUUUUUUCAUCAGUGGACUUUCUCAUUUCUCAUAGGAAACUGACAUGGAUGAUAUCUCAUGGAUGGUAUAAUAUUUCAUGAUAACAAACAUCUAGUGUUUCUUAUGAAGYAUUUUCAGUUGAUAUGUUUUGAAAAUAAGUUUAUUUGUUGCUGAACAUAAUUGUAAGUUGCACAGGA